CUUCCUGUGGCAAAGCGGGGCGGGCGGAGCCGCGCUGCCUGCGCGGAGCCGGGCAGGCUGGGGAUGUGCCGGGACUUUGCGCGGGGAGGCCCCGGGCCGGGCGGAGUCCUACUAGGAGCUAACAGCGUUUUUAUUUUUAUACUCUGCCACUGACAUUACUUCAGUGCUUUCAGAGAACUGGUUCAGGUUGCUGACCACUUGCCAGACUUCCUCUCCAAGCUGUUUAAAUGAGAAUGUCCCUGGCACAAAGAGUACUACUGACAUGGCUUUUUACAUUACUCUUCCUCAUCAUGCUGGUGCUGAAGUUGGAUGAGAAAGCACCAUGGAACUGGUUCCUCAUUUUCAUUCCAGUCUGGAUAUUUGAUACUAUUCUUUUAGUUAUGUUAAUUGUAAAGAUGGCUGGACGUUGCAAGUCUGGCUUUGACCCUCGCAACGGCUCCCAGAACAUCAAGAAGAAAACCUGGUAUCUCAUUGCAAUGCUGCUCAAAUUGGCCUUCUGCCUUGCCCUCUGUGCUAAGCUGCAGCAGUUCACCACGAUGAAACUAGCCUAUGUAUUUAUCCCACUGUGGGCCUUGCUUAUUGGGGGUAUGAUUGAACUUGGAUACAAUAUUUUUUAUGUAAGAAGAGACUAAGCUGCGUGUGGCUCUCCAGUUGGAGAUUUGGUACCGAUUUGCUGGAUUAUUAGUUCUGCCACAAAUGUGAUCCCUAAGCCAGAAUGCCGCCCAAGGAAACAUGCUGGAGACGUGACCUAUGCCAGGCUGAAGACCAGAAGUAGACUUGUACCAUUUUUUAUUUUCAAAUGGUCGUACUUUCUCUUGUAAAUAAAAGUAUUUGUUCCACAUAAGGUGUUUUAAUAUGGUUGUUCGUUACAUGGAGUAAAGGUAAGCCUUUUCCCGUGCAGAUAGAUACUUGAAGGAACCACAGAUGUUCUAUCCACUGAAUUCAGCACUUAGGGGAUCCUUGUAAGAAAGUUAUUUAUGUCUUAUGCUGUCACUCAAAUUUAAGAAUCAGUAACAAAUGGAAGCCACUAAAAAGAGCAAAAAAGUAACUCAGCGACAUCUUUUUGACAUAAGAAUCCUCUUUUGGUAUGAAAAACUGAAACUAAACUGAGUUCUUAAGUGCUGAAACAUAAACAGUAUGUUCACCUAGGGAAAAGUGAGUAGCUGAACUAUGGCAGCAGCCUAACAUUCAGAAGAGAGGAAGAAAACAAUAAUUAUGAUCCUAGUAAGAAGUCACUUGUGCUUUAAGAGACUGCAGCUGCUGUAAUGCAUUUGUACCUGCAGGAAGUGGUAUUUUAAGGAAAAAGAUAGUUUUUAAUGCUAUGGUGUAUUAAAUCCAUGGAGGUGAAGCUUUGGCUUUUCAGAGCAUCAGCAAACACAGAUGUGAGCAAAAGUACUUCUUCAUGUGCCAAAUACAAUGAAUGGGACUUCUGGGAAGAUGUGAACAAGAAUCCUAUUGUGUGGGUUGGAAGUCCUCUUCCAGGAGCCAGGAUAACAUCAAAUUCAAGUCUGGGUUUCUUAAGACAAAAUUAUGAAUAUGCUGAUCCAUUUACGUUUUCUGGGUACAAGAAAAAGUUUCAGUGAGUGAAAAGAGCCAGGGAAAGACUUCUGAGGUAACAGCAAUUGAUUAGAUUAAAAUGCCUCAUUGGAAAAAUAUUAACUAGUUGCAUUCAACUGCAUGUCCUCUUAAAAGGGAAGCUCAUCCUCUGUCCCUAGAUUUUUUGCUUGCUCUUCAAUCGCACAGACAGACAUAGAAUAAAUACAUAGCAACCAGGAGCCGUUGCAGCCUGAAGCACUGGAUCAUGGCUUGGAACACGGGCUAACAAAGGAUUUCUCAGCAUCCAUUCAGGCUGCUUCAGUGUGGUCGGCUGCCCUAUCUCCCCUAUAAAUGGGGAAACCAGGGAACGACAAAUCUUUCUAUUUAGCUGUUGUAAAGAGUGUCAUAACACAUCAGCUUUUGCUAAGCACAUUUGUGUACUCCAUCCCAGUUCACAAGCAUCACGAUUUAUGGGAAGCUGAAAUAAGAACUUUUCUUCCCUCCAGAAGGAAAAAAAAAAACCAUGGCACAACACAUUUUCUUUCCUUCGGUAGCAGCAUUCCUCUUUGGGAGGCAUCCCUGUAUCCUGCUUAGCUCUGGAAAAGCCUUCAGCAAUGCCUAUGUGUUCAAGUCAGACUCUUGCUCACUCCUGAAGGACAGGCUUCAGCAUCUUUGUGAACUUGAAGUGAAAACAGCACUGCAGCUGGGUGUAGCAGGAUGCUGUGGGCAGGAGGAAGGGCAUUCACCUCAAUGCAAGCUCCCCAGCCUGCCUGCCAUGGGAAAUGAGUGCACAUACAUACAUGACGUAAGGAACAGUCAGUGCACCUUCUCUGGCUCCCAUGGCUGAGAUGCGUUCUCUGUUAUGUCCUACGGCUGGCAAGCCAGGGUUCAUGUAAAAUGUUUAUUGGAUGAAAAAUGGUGAAAAAAUGAUGAAGGUGAAAAUUAUGCAAAGACCCACCGACCUCCGAAUCAUGGUAAACUUCUGUGAGCCACCUGCUGCAAACACAUAACCAGCACCUGAACUUAGGUGAGGGGGUCUCAGUCCUGAAUAAGGCCUGAUGGAGAAUAUGACAGACUCACUGGGCCCACUUACCUUGAUGCAGGAUCUUAGGGCACCAAGCGUAAGAGUGAGCGUCCCUGGCCUUUCUGCAGCUCCUUGGCAGGGCUGAGGAUGGGUGGGAACUCAUGACGCUAGUGACCAAAUACCUUUGGGCUUUCCUCCAGCCUGGCUGCAGGACUGUGGUGAGGACAUGUGUGCUCCCAGGGGACAGACGGACACGUGUGCCCGUGGCACCAGCCUGUGGUUUUUAGCUUUCCAAAAACCCGUCCUCGUGGAGCACUGUGGCUCACUGGGAGGAGAAAUCUAAGCGGUCAACAUUUUGCACAAUGAAAGUUUUUCUCAUGGGAAAGAAAACACAAAAAAGAUCUUUAUUUGGAAGAGGCAAAGAAGGUAGAAGCAGCAGCAAAAAAGCCAAAACCCCUCCUGCUCAGAAGAGCAGUGCAGAUUUCCUCACUGAAGCUGAUGUUAACAGAUGGUAGUAACUGAUGGAAGAAUAGCAACCAGCCUCAUUAGGACCUGCUGUAUUACAAGAUGAACUGCAGAAAUGACUGUGCCUCCUUCACAAAUCCCUCUAGUUCACAGAUGCUCUUCCUAUCUGGAAGUUUGGCAUCUCCAGUUUACUAGGACUGAGCACGAUUAUUUCAAAUUGUUCUCACUAGUGACAGGAUGAUGGGAAAUGGCCUCAAGUUGCACCAGGGUAAGUUUAGGUUGGAUAUCAGGAAGAACUUAUUUACAGAAAAGUUGUUAAGCACUGAAUAGGCUCCCCAGAGAGGUGGUUGAGUCACCACCCCUGGAUGUGUUUAAAAACUGUUUGGAUGUGGUGCUCAGGGACAUGAUGUGGCGAAGGGUUGUUAGAGUUCAGGUAGUAUGGUUAGGUUGUGGUUGGACUCGAUGAUCUUUAAGGUCUUUUCCAAACUGAGCAAAUCUAUGAUUCUAAUCUCCUCCCAAUUGCUGCCUACUGUCAGGUUUUGUUGUUGUUGUUGUGGGGAGAUUUUGUUCUUCAUCCAUUUUUAAGGGUCUACUUAAAAACCUGGAAAUGAAUCUCUGAUUGGAAGUGCUGAAGCAGCAGUUUCUUCCUGGUGUCCUGCAUAGGUCAUGCACAGUUUCACUCAUCAAGAGACAUUUGUAGGAUGCAGCCACCUGGAAACACUGAGUUUUGCAGAUUUUUUCUUGGUCUUUGAUGAUAAAAAUAUCCCUUUUGAUUCGCUACUUCGCAUCGGUUCUAACGCUGACUUAGAGCUGCAGCUGCGAUACCUUUGUACUCUUCUGCCUUUUUCUGCUAUCAGAACUUCAUUCAGAAAAAUCCAAUCCAAAUUUCGCUGUGACUCUCCAGAAGCUGAUGCAGGAAUUACAGCUGUUUAUAACUACCAUAUUCUCAAAGGCAUUGGUUACAGCACUGAACCAAGAUGAGUGAAAAAAAAGGCAGAUUUGAUAAAGCACCAGGGGAUGCAGAAAGCUGAUGCUGAGAUGGCUCAUCCUGAAUUGCCAGAAGUCACACCCAGUGACGUGGUGGUACAGCAGAGAACGCCUGUCCCAGUUGCAUGGCGCAGCUGUGACACGGAGCAUGGGGAGAAAUCUGCUUCAGAAUGCGACUGAAAGGUUUUCUCUUCUGAAAUGAAACACUGUUGAUCAUAUCCUGAUGACUGAUAUGUAGAUAAUAUAUAUAUUGAUAGCAUAUAUAUGGUGAUAAAUAUUCUACAUCAUUUAUUUCUAUUCAAAUCAUUCAUACAAGAUUGAACACUUCAGCAUGCAUUAUAGAUGAGUAUCUACUUUUGUCAGAUUCAGGAAAAUAAAUAUUCAAUGCACAUGUGUAAAAGACCAUGAGACUAAAUUUUUCCAUUACUUAUUUCUAUUGCUUUUCUUGAUCUGUCAGCAUCGUAGAAUAGCAUGAAGUUCUCUGUUCUUGGAAGAUACAGCUGUGCAACAUACAUCCCAAACUCGAACCUGAACACUUUAAGAAUGUGCAUACAUGCAUUCCAAAUGUACUGCUUGGCACGGAUGACAACAUUCAAAAUAAGAUAGCACAGAACUGAGUUACAGGAUGACUUAAGAGAUGAAAGCAGUACUAUUUCUGACAAAUACACACAGUAGUACGGAAGCAAAAUCUUUAUCUCGGGGAAAUUUUCACAUCUGCCCAAUAGAAAAGUGGUCUAAUUGGCAAGGUUUUCUCCUUGGAACUCUACGGAGCACCUUUCUCAGCUAACUGCCCUACAACGCAACCAGAUUUAGAAAACAAAAAUUCCAUGGAAAUGAGCCCUUAAAACACAAGCCUAACCUCUGCCACACACCACAGUCUCAUUCAAGUGAAGUGGAAAUCAGUCGGUAGAAGGAAACAUUGAAAUAGUUACUGAGAAAUAAAACUUGAUAAAAAUAGAACUUCAAUCUUCUCCUUUAAUCACCGCAUCAGAAUAUCACAUCCAUACACCAAAUGUUGAAGGACUAUUUAGGACUACUGACCUCAUCAGAAAGCUGUCUAUCAGUGUGGCCAGAACACAAGGCAGCCAGUGGUUCCCUGGCACUUCAGUACAGAACAGCUCUAAAGCAGAAGCAAUAACAGCAUCACAGUACAAAGGAACACAGCGGCCCAAAUCUGAUACAGGAGAUUGGGAAAGUCCACAUCCGAUGACUCUAACAGAACUAGCAACCUGGAUACCACGAAGUUAAUCACUGCUCCUGGGUGAGAAGCUGCACACACAGCAGAAUUGUUUCUAUUUUUUAAGGAAAAUGAAAUGAGUGACCAAUGGGAGUAAAAGGUUUCCAGGUGUUCACGUGUGCAGGAAACUCAGCAGGACGGCACAGAACAUCAGCAUUACCUAUUACACAGUUUUUAAAGUGCGUUUCAUCCACCCAGUAAGGUACCAAACAAGUAGUAGCAGGGACUCACAACCCAGGAAAGCAUUUUUAACAGCAUCUCACACAGCAGUCAGAAGUCAUCCUUCCCAUUUCUGACUCGUACACAUUCACAGUCAGGUCAAAGGCGCUGGCUGCCUAAGUGAACCCAGCUUCGUCUGACCGUCACAAAAAUGAAUGCAAUUACAGCUGAGAAGCCUGCAAAGAUGUCUGAUACCAUUUGAUCAGAAUUAGUACAGCUUUCAUCAGUAGGGUCAGUUGGUAACCCUUCUCACAAUGGGUCUUUUUCCUGUGAGCAUAAAGAAAACAUGGGGUUUUUUUCAUCAAUUCAGCAUUCUGAUUCACAUGCACAUAUUAGAAAAUGGUCAUUUUUAAACAAAGAAUAUUUUCCUUAUGUUUCCUGGAAGACUUCUUCAAUGUUCCAAGUUCGUAACAUUCUGCCAAUCUGUUUCCACAGCAGUCAACCAUUUCACGUGUCCAUUCCCUACAUUAUUUGCAAUGCCAAUAUAGUUACUGCGCACGUGCAUUUUUACUUAAAAAUCAAUUUUAUUCAUCACCAAGGAAUUCCUUCACAGAUGAAUACUUAAAUCAUCACCCUCUGAAAUAAUACUUUAUUUCUAAUACUAGAUAGAAUUAAUAUUUCCAUUAAAGUAUUGAAAUAUUCACUAUAGUAACAAGGAAGGGGAAAUCUGCAUGCCAGCAGUACCUGUAAUGAAAAGGCUGUUUUGGAGUCAAUUUGCAGGCAUCAGAGGGCUGGGGGUGACACAACACCAGCAACACCUGUACGUAACACAUGAAGCCAGCUGCCAGUGAGAUGCAAAAGCUCCAGUAAUCGUAACAAAAACAGUAACUACCAUCUUGAGAGCUAUUGGUAAGGUCAGUAACAACGCAGCUCUUUGCUACUCACAAAAACAGUACAGGAUCUAUGGAAACAUCUCUAAGGUUCUGCACAUGUGUCACUAGCUGGGACAGCACGGCAAACACGGAUGUGACCACCACUGCAGUACAGGCACUGUGCCUCACGUGGAUUUCUUCCAUCUGCAGAAGAACAUGGGCCAAAAGAGAACACCAGAGAUUUCAGCCAAAGUAACAGAGUCAUAAAAAACUGAAAUCCAGGGGGAAGAAAAAAGCAACAAGCAAAGACUGGUGUCAGUCCAUCGCAGCGCAGGAAAGAUUUAUUGCUGGAGCAAAAGUCUGGAUGUGAAGCUGAUGUAUGCAACAGGAGCAGAGGAUACCGCAUAGGAACACUUGACACCAAGAUUUUUAUCAGACUAAUGAACAACUUGGGAGCUGAAAUUCUCAGAAAUCGUCCUCCUUCUUGAAAAGCAACCAUAUCAAGAUGAAUACACCACACGUAGAGGACACAGUUUGGUUUUCAAAGCUAGCCAAGUGUAUCCCACUGCAGCUGGUCAAUGCAAACCCUGUGCACAUUUGUGUACAAUGGCAGUUCUGACAGCCAUUGGUUGUGUCCUGUUCGUGUCCUCUCUUCAAGCUCUGCCUAACAGUCAAAAUCUAAUUUGUCUCAAAAAUAAACAGUGCAUAAAAGUUGUAAGAACUGCUGCUACUUCUCUCUCAAAAUUCUGAAAAUGACAAAAAAAAAAAAAAAAUGGGUUUAAAA